AUAACCAUCUCUAUAAACGAAGCUGCCUCCAUUAACAGCCUCUACGUUCUACCGACCGCCACGGAUAAGGACAGCCCUAGGUUCGGUAUCAUAAGAUACGAGUUAUUCGACAAUACCGACACGUUCGGUUUGAAAACAAUCAAAAUUAAGCACCACGAUGAUAUCGACUCGGUGGAUGAUGACGAUGACGAGAACGCCAAUGACAAUUCUGAAAUUGAUGAAAAUGAAAUUGAAACCAUAACCGAGGUUAAAUUAUCUCCAUUUGCAUCGUCACAGACAUCGAGUAUGUUGUCAAUUGAAAUAAUCGUACUUGAUUCGAAUGACAAUCGACCGACUUUUAUCGGCAGCCCUUUCAACAGGUUUGAAAUAAACGUUGAUGAAAACCGAAAACAAGGCAGCCAAAUAACGAGGUUGGAAGCCAGAGAUCCUGAUCUAGGCGACAACGGUAGAGUCGGUUAUUCGUUCUCUGGACAGACAACCCUACAACACGGAAACAUCUUCAGUAUCGAUAAUAAAACCGGUUCUAUAACGGUUAUCGGUGAACUGGACUACGAGCGAGUGACAUCUCACCAACUCGUCGUCAUCGCACACGAUCAUGGUUCAGACCCUCUGACAUCAGAGGCCACGGUGCUCAUCAACAUCAAUGAUCUCAACGACAACGCUCCCACCAUAUCAAUCCACACGCUGACUGGCUACAUGGAAAAGAGCAAAUCCCUGACAGGCUACACCGACAGCAAAGAUCAGUUUUCAAGAAUUGAUGCUAGCAAAUAUCAAAAAUCUGAUCAACAGUCAAAGUUUUUUGCGCUUUCAACUCAAGUCUCGUUCGGUGAAUUUCGAGUUGAAACUGUAAAAAGACUGGAUCGAGAAACAACUGCCCACCACCAUCUCAUCAUCAAAUGCCAGGAUUCGGGCAAUCCAUCGCGAAUAUCCUUCAAGAGGUUGAUAAUCUACAUCACCGAUGUCAACGACUGUCCGCCUCUCUUCAGCCAGCAGGUCUUCAGUGGAUCGCUCGAGGAGAAUGCCGAACCGGGUACGUCCAUUUUGCGGUUGUCCGCCACCGAUUCGGAUAUUGGCGACAACGGUCGAUUCGAGUAUAAAUUUCUCGGUAAUGUCGAUUCCUUCUUUUACAUCGAUCAAAAAACCGGUGUUGUUUCUUCAAAGAUACCGAUAGAUCGCGAGAAGUAUACAAAUUUUCGCUCAACGAUCAUCGCUGUCGAUAGAGGUGAACCGAAACUAACCGGCUCUGCGUCCGUUGAGAUACACAUCAAGGACGUCAACGACGAGAAACCGAUUUUCGAUAACCGAGAGUAUCGAUUCUCCGUUUCCGAGAGCGGCAAAGAAGAUGACGUCAUCGGAUAUUUACGGGCCAAAGACAACGAUUCCGAUGCUUACAACCAACUUCAAUCAACGAAGCACCACAACGACGAACACAACCCAAUCAAACUCGAUCCAAUAACCGGUUUACUGAGCCUGAGAUUCAGUCUCGAUAGGGAACAACAAGAGAUGUUCCGAUUUAUCGUCAAAGUAUUUGAUAUAGCCAAACCGGUUUUCAGUGAUACCGCAAUUGUCAUAGUGAAAAUAAUUGACAUAAACGAUAACAAACCCGAGUUUACAUUUCCA